AUGUCAAGUGCAACACAACUCGAUAUCCUCUCCGAUGACUCCAGCUUCUACGGCGAUGACGACGAACAAGCGCGCCUCGAGCAUCUAGCAGCGACCUACGACCCCGAGCCUUUCUGGUCAGAGAUUCACCCCAGGCUCCUCUCCACAACACAGCAUGAAUUACAAGCUCCGUCUACACAAAUAAAAACUGAGCCAAUGCCCCAAGACAAUGCACCGACGCCCACACUCGGAGCCAAGGACCGUCGCGGACCCAAAGAAUCCAUAUCCUCCUUUUUGUCACGCCUCCCACCCUCCACAACACAUGUCACAGAAGCAGGACCUUGGAUUUGGAUGUGGGGACCAACGCCCCAUGCUACAGAAGGAGGUAAUUUCCCAGUCUUUACGCGAAAAGGAACCGAACUUCUAGAAGCAUAUGAAGAGGAGAGCUCAACACUCCGCGCUGCACAUGAUAAAUCCGGCGCAAAAACCACCGCUGCUCUGACCCGUAAAUUGAAUCCUAUCCGCCGGACUCUGGAACAGAGUAUCCUUGAUUUAGCCAAGGAAACAAGCGUUACGUCGGGUAAAUGGAUGUUUUUUCCGUCAGAGAAGGAAGUCGAUGCAACCUGGAAGACAGUCGUUACGGCAAUGGAUGAAGGCAAGCUAGGCGAUGCAGCAAAGGUUGCUACAAAUGAUGGCUCAGGACAAGCACGGUUACUCUGUGUCUACACGCGCGACUUCUCGGACAAAGAGGAUGUUAAGCGUGUCUUGAAGACACUCGUUGCGAUGGGGUUGGUAGAUGAGGAGUUAAGGCCCAUUUAUUACAAGUGCGAUGCUUAUACGUAUCUGGAUAUCAAGUCGAAGAAUGACUAUGGGCUGAAGGCGAGCUUGUUUUCUAGUCGAGAUGUGCUUUCCGGGAAGAUGUGA